AUGUCGGUUGACGGGGACGGUGACCAUGUUAUCGUUUGUGAUAAUGGAACUGGAUUUGUGAAAUGCGGAUUCGCAGGGUCUAACUUUCCUGAGUGUAUAUUUCCAUCCGUUCUCGGUCGUCCUAUACUUCGUGCAUCUGUUAAGGUUGGGAAUGUGGAGGUGAAAGAUCUUAUGAUUGGCGACGAGGCUAGUGAAUUGAGAUCCAUGCUCGAGCUUUCUUACCCAAUGGAGAAUGGUAUUGUUAAGAACUGGGACGAUAUGAAGCAUCUAUAUGAUUAUACGUUUGGCCCAUCAAAAUUAAACAUCGACACAGAACAUGCGAAGAUUCUUUUAACUGAGCCCCCGUACAAUCCAAAGCAGAAUCGGUUGAGGAUGAUGGAAUUAAUGUUUGAACACUAUGGUUUCAAUGCAGUUUAUGUUGCCAUCCAAGCCACUUUGACGCUUUAUGCCCAAGGCCUGAUGACUGGCGUCGUCGUGGAUUCCGGUGACGGUGUUACCCAUAUCUGCCCCGUUUACUCAGGGCACACACUCACACACAUAACAAAACGUCUUGACGUUGCCGGCCGUGAUAUUACUCGUUAUUUAAUAAAGUUGCUCUUGCUCCGUGGCUAUGCAUUCAAUCAAACUGCCGAUUUCGAAACUAUUCGCCAGAUGAAGGAAAAGCUUUGCUACGUGGCAUACGAUGUACAACAAGAACAGAACCUUGCUUUAGAAACAACGGUGUUGGUUAAAAAGUACACGCUUCCUGAUGGACGGGUGAUUAAAGUUGGUGGUGAACAGUUUGGGGCGCCAGAGGCCCUAUUUCAGCCCAAUUUGAUUGAUAAGGAAAGCGUCGGUAUCUCCGAAAUGCUGUUCAAUACAAUCCAGGCAGCACCAAUCGAUACGAGGCCCGAAUUCUACAAGUACAUUGUUCUGAGUGGUGGUAGCACCAUGUAUCCUGGAUUGCCUAGUCGACUUGAACGGGAGCUCAAACAACUUUACGUUCAAAACGUUCUGAAGGGCGAUGCCAGCGGACUUUCUAAACUGAGAAUCCGAAUUGAGGAUCCACCACAACGCAAGCACAUGGUGUUUCUUGGUGGUUCAAUUUUGGCUCGUUUGAUGCAGGGAGGAUCGGCCAACUGUUGGGUUACUAAGGCGGAAUGGAAGGAGCAAGGUGGGCGUGUGCUUGAUCGUAUGGAAGGUGGUCAGUAA